CAACAGCGCCCUCUGGAAUGUCACAUUGACAGCUAAAUGACGUUUGUUUACAAACAAUUCCUUUUUAGACACAGUUAUUGUUUAACGAUAUGGAAAAAGAAGACUUAUUUUUACACACCUACUUCACCCAUUUGUCGCAAAUCUCGUACGACAAAGCGAAAGAACAUGUCGAGAAGGAAAAGGAGGCUUACAAAGGGGCUCAGCUGACGGCGUGGGGUACAUUCUUGAGUUUUCUACAACAACUAAUACUGACUGAAAAAAGCUACAUCGAGAUUGGUUUUCUACAAACCAAAAACAAAGGGUUCCUACGCAAAGACAACUCACUGCGGUCCAUUUAUGAAGCUUUAAGGUCCGACUUGCGAAAACUCGAAGACAACUGCAAAGCGACGAUCGUAGAUCGAAGGGUCCAACAUUAUUGCCAAAAUAUAUACCAAUUUCUAAACGCACGCGUCAACAUGAUAGAUUUGUAUGAAAGAAUUUAUACAAUGGGUCUGAACAACCAAUUUAUGUACAGUGACACUCUAAAAUAUAUACAGAACUUGAUAGAAAGACACUCACUUGAUUUUGCAGACAUUAGUCUGACUCCAGCUAAAGCCGCUUUUGGUUUGGAGGUGGAAAUUUUAGAACAGUUGUUUAGGGCGUUAACUGAGCUCCAAAGACUGCAGUUUUUGCCAUCUUUGGCACUAAUACAUGGAGCGCAUACAAGACUGACGUUGUGGGAAAGCAAAAUCCCAAACAGAGAGAACUGGAAGAUCAGUUUUCUCAAGAAUAACCCCCUACCAGCGCUGUUUCAGUGGCUCCAGAAGCUAAAAGGAGCAGUUUUGAGCAAAUUUAGUUUAUAUUUUCAUGACACUCUAGCGCAACAAACUACACCAAAUGAGAUGAGACAACUAUGUGCUAAAUUACACCAUGACCAUUAUCAAAGAAUGGUCAGUUUCCAUCGCAAGUAUGAAGCAGCAUGUGUGAUUUUGCUCUCAGAUAACCAAGUCAGUUGUGACACCACAGACUAUGAUAGUUUUCCAAUUAUAGUUUCAUACCCACCUCGCAGCCCCCCUCAAUUAGAAACAAUUUUAAAAAUGAUAUCAGAAACAUCAGAAGAGCUUGCAAAUGUAGACAAAAUCAUAUAUAAAUUCAGUUCCCAGAGCCAAUGUACAUACAUCCUGACCACAGUGGAACCCAACAUUUACUUAGUCAUCCUUUUUGAAAGCAAAAAGUCAGAGAAGGACACCUACAUUGGAAACUUCGUGACGGAACUGUGUACAAACUUGAGGUGCAACCGAGUCUUCACUGCUCUGAAAAAUACAUCAAAAUAACUAUAUUUUACUAUUUUAAUAAAAUUUUUAAAAAACGGGAA